UAUAUCGCAAGUUCCUCUCGUCCAAUAGGAACCCCCCAUGUAGCGAGGCGCGGAGGCCGGCUCUCGCAACUCAAGAUGGCGGACGAGAGUGAGACAGCAGUGAAGCCGCCGGCACCUCCGCUGCCGCAGAUGAUGGAAGGGAAUGGAAACGGCCAUGAGCACUGCAGCGAUUGCGAGAACGAGGAGGAAAACAGCUACAGCCGGGGUGGUUUGAGUCCAGCCAAUGACACUGGAGCCAAAAAGAAGAAAAAGAAACAAAAAAAGAAGAAAGAGAAAGGCAGUGAGACAGAUUCAGCCCAGGAUCAGCCUGUGAAGAUGAACUCUUUGCCAGCCGAGAGGAUCCAGGAAAUACAGAAGGCCAUUGAACUGUUCUCAGUGGGUCAGGGGCCUGCUAAAACCAUGGAGGAGGCUAGCAAGAGAAGCUACCAGUUCUGGGACACGCAGCCUGUCCCCAAACUGGGAGAAGUGGUGAACACCCAUGGGCCUGUGGAGCCUGACAAAGACAACAUCCGCCAGGAGCCCUAUACCCUGCCCCAGGGCUUCACCUGGGAUGCCUUGGACCUGGGGGACCGUGGUGUGCUGAAAGAGCUCUACGGCCUCCUGAAUGAGAAUUAUGUGGAGGACGACGACAAUAUGUUCCGAUUCGACUACUCCCCGGACUUCCUGCUGUGGGCUCUCCGGCCACCUGGCUGGCUCCCCCAGUGGCACUGCGGGGUUCGAGUGGUGUCAAGUCGGAAGCUGGUUGGGUUCAUCAGUGCCAUCCCGGCAAACAUCCACAUCUAUGACACAGAGAAGAAGAUGGUGGAGAUCAACUUCCUGUGUGUCCACAAGAAGCUGCGCUCCAAGAGGGUGGCUCCGGUCUUGAUCCGGGAGAUAACCCGGCGAGUUCACCUGGAGGGCAUUUUCCAAGCUGUUUACACUGCCGGGGUGGUUUUACCAAAGCCUGUUGGCACCUGCAGGUACUGGCAUCGGUCCCUAAACCCACGGAAGCUAAUUGAAGUGAAGUUCUCCCACCUGAGCAGAAAUAUGACCAUGCAGCGUACCAUGAAGCUCUACCGACUGCCAGAGACGCCCAAGACAGCUGGGCUGCGACCAAUGGAAAAAAAGGACAUUCCAGUAGUCCACCAGCUUCUCACCAGGUACCUGAAGCAGUUUCACCUCACGCCAGUCAUGAGCCAGGAGGAGGUGGAGCACUGGUUCUACCCCCAGGAGAAUAUCAUCGACACUUUCGUGGUGGAGAAUGCAAAUGGUGAGGUGACAGAUUUCCUGAGCUUUUACACGCUUCCCUCCACCAUCAUGAACCAUCCGACCCACAAGAGUCUAAAGGCUGCUUAUUCUUUCUACAACGUCCACACCCAGACCCCUCUUCUAGACCUCAUGAGCGACGCCCUUGUUCUCGCCAAAAUGAAAGGGUUCGACGUGUUCAAUGCACUGGAUCUCAUGGAGAACAAAACCUUCCUGGAGAAGCUCAAGUUUGGCAUAGGGGACGGCAACCUGCAGUAUUACCUUUACAAUUGGAAAUGCCCCAACAUGGGAGCAGAGAAGGUUGGGCUGGUGUUACAGUAAUCAGUUGCCAGUGAGAUUCUGGAUAAAGCCACUGAGAAGUCAAACCAGGAAAUGGAACCCCACCACUUGUUGGUCCAAUUUUCACAAACGUGAGAAUCCCUGGCAAAGGGAACAGAACUGAACCGGCUUUACCAAACCGCCACUGAACUUGACAAUUGUAUCGCAAUGGCGUAGGCUGCGUGAUGUCACCUCCGGCCGUGUCUCUGGUCUCCCUGUUUUCCAAUUAAUCACAUUCUUCUGCAGCCGUGAUCAAGGGAAUGUAACUGCUGAAAACUAGCUCGUGAUUGGCAUAUUAUGGAGUUAACGGGUGAAUAAUAAAAGUAUAUAUAUAUAUAUUAUAUAUAUAUAAAUAUUUUAAAUAUCUUUCAUGUUCUAAAUGUACAAGGAUGUUUGGUCUCUAAUGAAAAACUGAAUCCAGGUCAUUCCUCAGAAUUAGAAUCCAGGGACUGUGGCAGACAAACACAUACUGGUACAGUGAAUUGUUUUGUUCUGAAAGCAGGCAUUGACUUUUCUUGGGGGAGUAGGAGAAAGAGGAUGUGGGGGAUCUUCUCCAUCCCCCUUCUGGAUGGGCUGAAAUGAUUAGCUUUGAGAAGGCAGGGAAAAGUGGAGGGCCGGUGCCGAGCCUUGGGGCGGGCCCAAAGCUUGCAGAACCGCAGGUGAAGUCCUAGAUGGGCCGACCCUACCCAGGCUGCCCUGCAGGGACCAGGCCUUUUCCGCAUUCUUUCACUGGCCAGUGGGGACCAUCUGUGGGUCCCUUCUUCCAUCCUCGCCCUGCUCCCUUUGGGAAGUCAUCCUGCCAACUGAUUUUAAAGGGCUCUUUAGCCAGCUGUUGUUGCCAACCUUAGAGAGAUGAGUCCCGCAUGACAUUGAUUUUCCACUGCCUGGGGUGACUGGCAGUUUGAAGGGGACCUUUGACCUUGUAGCAUCUGGGACCUUGUGGAGACCGUACCAGUGCAAUCCCUGCUGAGCUCGUCUUAGAGCAAAGAGCCAGCACCCUGAUAGCCCUAGGGUGGCUGGCCAAGGAUGGCGUGGGGACGAUAC